CAAUCACAGUACAGUGGUGGAAUGGGUAAAGGCAGUACGAGGGUGGAGCAGAUGCAGAAUCUUAGCAAUUUUGUUAGGUUAAGAGUUAGAACGUAUCGCCUGUUUAAAUUAUUAUAUUGUACUUCGUGGCGUCUUAUUAAUUCUACAACGUGGAAUGAACAUUUACAAUAAUUUGUGAUCGAUUCAUUCAAAUGUUGUGAACUGUUAUAAAUUCACAGUGAUUAGAGUGCAAUGAACAACAGUAAUUAUGAUAAAUGCACCAAACAUAAUUGCCGGUGAUAGUGACGAUUGAAUUUUUCAUAUACAAGCGGAAUAAUUUGAAUUUAAUAUUUACCACAAAUACGUUAAAAAUGCAAAGAGAGGAAAAGCAAUUAGAUUCUGCCUUGGAGGCGAUUAUUUUAAGGAUAAAUGACCUAAAAACAUCCAUAGCUUCCAUGAUAUUCAAAUUAGAGCAUGAGUACGAAACAUUAAAUUGGCCUAAUUUUCUCGACAAUUUCGCACUUAUUUCAGGACAUUUAACUAGUCUCUCAAAAAUUCUGGGACAUGAUAAGGCACCAAACUUGCGAAACCUAACAGUUUUACCACUAAGAUUAUGUCCUGAGAAAGACGAAGAAUUAUUUCGAUUGACAGAAGGUAGAAUUUCUACUUUUGCUCAUGAUUUAGUACCAGAUUAUCUACGAACCAAAGUGGAACCUCAAGCUGAACAGAAAAUGCUACAGCUUGAAGCAAAAGCUGCAAAUUUAAAUUAUGAAACAUCGCAUGACUGCAAUAAACAAGUGGCACAAUACACCAAAGUUAUUAGUCAUAUAUGGGAUAUAGCAAACAAAGCACGAGAAGAGUGGGAAAGCGAAGCUGGAUCUAGAGCAACUCAAGCUCAGACUAGUAGUACAGCAGACACUCAUGCUCUUGUAGCAGCAGUUGGUAUGGGUAAAAGUUUGAAGUCUGAUACUGUCCAAAUGGUUCAAUCUGGUGUUAAUUCUGUAGCUAGUGGAAUGAUGGUAGGAAGACCAGGAAAUCAGCAACAAGCUUCAGGACAAGGAUCUUUAGGAAAUCCACCUAUGGGACAAAUGAAUAAAGCUCCAAGUGCAAUUAAAACUAACAUUAAAGCAGCAUCACAAAUUCAUCCAUAUAGGUAAUGUAUUUUAAUUAAUUUAGCCAUAAGAUAUGGUUAAAACAAUAAUAAUUUUAAUAUUUGUUACAUCUGCAAAAUAUUGCAAGUUUUCCUUAAACAAUAUUUAUUGUAUUAUUGACAUUUUCAUAUCUAAUUAUAGUUCAGAUGAAAUGUAUAAUAUUUGUAAUAAAACAAAUGAGCAUAU